GUGUGUGUGUGUGUGUGAGUGUGAGAGAGAGAGAAUCUAUAGACAUGUUGUUACGUGCACAUUCACUGUAUCAGUCAUUUCACAUCUCUGCUCUGUGUGUGUGUUCAUGUUUCUGUUUGGAUGUUUGAUGUGUUUGUUUGUGUUAGUGUGUGUGUGUGUGUGUGUCACUGUGUGUGUGUGUGUGUGUGUGUGUGAGUGUGUGUGUGUGUGUGUGUGUGUGUGUGUGAGUGUGUAUGUGAGAGAGUGUUUGUGUGAGUGUGUGUGUCUCUACGUGUGUGUGUGAGAGAGUGUGUGUGUGUGUGUGUAUAUGUGUGUGUGUGUGUGUCUGUGUGUGAGUGUGAGAGAGAGAGAAUCUAUAGACAUGUUGUUACGUGCACAUUCACUGUAUCAGUCAUUUCACAUCUCUGCUCUGUGUGUGUGUUCAUGUUUCUGUUUGGAUGUUUGAUGUGUUUGUUUGUGUUAGUGUGUGUGUUUGUGUGUGUGAGUGUGUGUGUGAGUGUGUGUGUGAGUGUGUGUGUGUGUGUGAGUGUGUAUGUGAGAGAGUGUUUGUGUGAGUGUGUGUGUCUCUACGUGUGUGUGUGAGAGAGUGUGUGUGUGUGUGUGUAUAUGUGUGUGUGUGUGUGUCUGUGUGUGAGUGUUUGUUUGUGUGAGUGUGUGUGUGUGUGUGUGUUAGUGUUUGUUUGUGUGAGUGUGUGUGAGAGAGUGUUUGUUUGUGUGUGUGUGUGAGUGUGUGUGUGUGUGUGUGUGUGUGUGAGAGAGAGAGUGUGUGUGUGUGUGUCUCUGUGUGUGAGUGUUAGUGUGUGUGUGUGUGUGUGUGUGAGUGUUAGUGUGUUUGUGUGUAAGAGAGUGUUUGUUUGCGUGUGUGUGUGUGUGUGUGUGUGUGUGUGUGUGUGAGAGUGUGUGUGAGUGUUAGUGUGUUUGUGUGUGAGAGAGUGUUUGUUUGCAUGCGUGUGUGUGAGUGUGUGUGUGUGUGUGAGAGUGUGUGUGAGUGUUAGUGUGUGUGUGUGUGAGUGUGUGUGUGAGAGAGUGUUUGUUUGCGUGCGUGUGUGAGUGUGUGUGUGUGUGAGAGAGUGUUUGUGUGAGUGUGUGUGUGUGUGUGUGUGUGUGUGUCUGUGUGUGAGUGUGAGAGAGAGAGAAUCUAUAGACAUGUUGUUACGUGCACAUUCACUGUAUCAGUCAUUUCACAUCUCUGCUCUGUGUGUGUGUUCAUGUUUCUGUUUGGAUGUUUGAUGUGUGUGUUUGUGUUAGUGUGUGUGUGUGUGUGUCACUGUGUGUGUAUGUGAGAGAGAGAGAGAGAGCAUGUGUCUGUGUGUGAGUGUGUGUGUGUGUGAGAGAGUGUUUGUUUGAGUGUGUGUGUGUGAGAGAGUGUUUGUGUGAGUGUGUGUGUGUGUGUGUGUGCGUGUGUGUCUCUGUGUGUGAGUGUGUCACUCACUGCUCAAAGGGCGGAGACUCACCUGAUACCUCUCUGGGCUCUCCUGCUGAUGUGUUUGAAACAGACUCACACACACUGGCUGUCCAGAGGUCCAUUUCCUGCAUCCAGUCCAGUCCAGACCCGAACCGAACCGACCCGACUGAUGACACCACUGACCAACAGCGUACAAAGUCCCUCCCCACAGCUGAUGUGACCAAUCACGUCUCUUGAUUCAUUGAUUGGCUGAAUCAUUAUGUCAGAGUUUUUUGUCACUGCCGGUCACCGUUAACUGUGGCCGUCUGCUGACAAGGGGAGGAGCGAUUCUGUCCGCCGGGGAAGGAGCGAGCUGGCGUCUGCCAGAGGGUGGAGGAGUGGUUGAGGACCAGGUGACAGCGUGUCCGGGAGCUGGCGAGCAAGUUCUUCUCUCUCUCUCUCUGUGUGUCUCCGCUCACCCUUUCCCUCUCCCCACGCCUCCCCUCGUCUCUCCCCCAGGUUCACAGGAGGUGGGGUGGACCACCGGCUGACAGAACGUUCGGAAGGGCAGCGUCUCCCCUCCAGAGAUAGGGAGGAAGUUAGUGAGACUGGUGGCACCCCGGCUUUAAUUGGGUGGGGGAGGAGUGUGAUGAGGAGGAGGGCGUGGCCGGGCUGUGAUGGAGCACGGCCGGUGCUGAAUGAGCUGAUGCACGCGGCCUCUGUUUGGUUCAGCCGGAUCUCAUGAACACUACAUGACCAACUAAAUUACGUGCUUCAUUACAUGUUUGGCUGCAGUUUCCCAGUCAUAUGUCCAGCAGGGGGCGCCAAAAGCGAGUGCCUUGGUGUCGUAAUCAGACGAUGUUUUUAAGGUGAAGUUUUAAUGAGUAAAACAUACCUCCCUAACCUAAACCUUUUACAUAAACCUUACCAAUAGUGUUCUUAAAGCAAAUGAGAGGUGAACAAAACAGACAUCCUUACCCUAAACCAACACCUAAACCUAACCGAUAGUGUUUCAAAAGCAAAUGCGACAUGAAAAGCACAUUUACUAAAGCCACCACAUCAUUUAGUGUCGCUUCUAUGGCGCUUUCGUCUCACGUAUCAGCUUGCGUUCUUGGCUGGGCUCAAACCGUGGACUUCCAAUUUAAAAGUUGUGCCUGCCGGCAGGCUUUUCCCUGCCUCUCUAGGGCUGGGGAGGGGGACGAGGGGAGGGAAAAACAAAAAACAGGGCAAGGAGAGUGAAAGGGCAAGGCGGAGCGACAGUGAGAGAGAGCGAGAAGAGAGAGAGAAAAAAAACGUGCUCAACGGUUUCCCAGACACGCCGUCGCCUGGUCCUUGAUCACUCCUCCACCCUCUGGUGGACGACAGCCGCUCCUCCCUGGGUGGACCGGAGCCAGUCCUCCACCCCCUGGUGGAUGUAACGCCCCUCCGUGUUUUGGCUGUCGACAGCGACUCCUCCGUCCCCCGGCGGAUGGCCGCGGCUGCUCCUUUAGGUGGACGGCAGUGACGAGGACUCCACGACAGCGCAUCCCUCCUCCUUCCCGGGCUUCGGCACCAACGUAACAAGGUUAGAAUGGGAAAGGAGGUGGCGGGAACCGGCUGAACAGUCAAAAUAAUAUUUAAUAAGAACUUAAAAAAGACACACAGAACACAAACGCACACAUGGCAGCUGCAUGUGGUUCUCUCUCUCCCAAACUGCCACGUUCCGCCGCACUUAUCCCUGUCCUUGGCUGAUUAGCCCGAUUGUGGGCCGGGCAUGCGUAGUCACGGUCCGGCCCCGCCCUCCUCUUCGUCACAUUAUAGUAACAAUAAUUCAAUGAGACCAGAGUUGUUUUGUUUUGAGCGACCUGUCCAACCCAACACAACAACAUUGACUCAACCAAUGGCGUGAGGUGGGGGGCGGGACUAUGUGGUGGCGCAGAACUUACUUCAGCUUUAAACAUUUUUUUAAAUUAUUUCACUGUGACAAAUUUAGCCUGAGGUUUUGUUUUAUUUGUCUUGUGGAGGCUUUUCUCUGUACAGAGCAACAAGAACGAAAAUAAAGAUAGGAAGACAAUUUCUUGUUUCAGAUAAAUGUUCUUAAUGAUGUGAUGCAUAAAGCCUUCAGAUGUUUAGAGCGAAACUUCCUGGUGGUUGUGCUUCAUUAUUGUUGUAUCUGUAUAUUUGUCUCAUUCAUAAAUAAGUCAGUUGUAUUUGUAAUAAUUAAAUGAGAUGAAUAAAUGUUAUUUUGUAUCAGUGUCUGAAUCUGCUCUCGUUUUAUAGUUCAGUUGUUGAACAGAAUAAAUGGUUGAGUUUCCAUUCUUCACCCUCUAGAUUGUGUCUCCAGUGAACGUUCAUUAUGUGGGUGUAAUUAUUAUCUCGCCUGAGAGGAGACGAGCAGACAGACAGAUGGAGAGGCAGACAGAUGGAGAGACAGACAGAUGGAUAGACAGACAGACACCUGCAGCUGCUGUUGGUUUGGUCAGAAUCAUGGAGACCUCGUUUAGUGAUCUCACCGCGGCAGUUUUCCUGCAGUUCUGGACACAAUUUGAUCGGGACGAUGAUGGAUUUAUUGACCGAAAGAAACUGGAUGAGUUUUUACGCUGCAUGAUGAAAACACUGAAAGCUGGUGAUGUGUGUGAGCAGCAGGUGCAGAGAGUGACAGAGACGAUUCUGACCAGCUGUGACAUCACAGAUGGACACCUUCAGAUGGAGGAGUUGGCCGCUGUGCUUUUGCCCGAGCAGGAAAACUUUCUGCUGUUGUUCCGCAGAGAAGCACCGCUGGAGAACAGUGUGGAGUUCAUGAGGAUCUGGCGUUGCUAUGACGCUGACAGCAGUGGGUACAUCUCUGCUGCAGAACUCAAGAGUUUCCUACGGGAUUUGUUUCAUCAGCACAACAAGCAGAUCUCGACGGGCAAACUAGAGGAGUACACCGAUACCAUGAUGAAAAUGUUUGAUAAAAACCAGGACGGUCGUCUGGAUCUGAAUGAUUUGGCGAGGAUUCUGGCGUUGAAAGAGAACUUCCUCCUGAAGUUUGACAUGGAGGCGUGCAGUCACGAGGAUCGGAGGAGAGACUUUGAGAAGAUAUUUGCUCACUAUGACGUGAGUAACACUGGAGAUCUGGAGGGGGCAGAGGUGGAUGGUUUUGUUAAAGACAUGAUGGAGCUGGUGAAGCCCAGUCUCAGUGGAUCAGACCUGGACAAGUUCAAACAGGUUCUGCUGGGUCACUGUGACCUCAACAGAGACGGAAAGAUCCAGAAGAACGAGUUGGCUCUGUGUCUGGGGCUCAAACUCAAUCCCUGAAACUCAGACCAUCAUCCUCAUCGAUGUUUCUUUAUUCAUGAAUGAUGAUCGAUUCCUGUUAUAGUGUGUGUUUAAAUAAUGCUGUCACUGAAUAAAUGGUGCAUU